AAAGUCACAUUUUAUACACAGAUUAAAUCCUAACCUCAAAUAAUUACAAGAAGUAAUCCGGUUCCUUAUUCGUGUCCUAUUUCAUAAUCGUAUUAUAUUUGCAGUUAUCACUUAUCAGAAUGUUUGCGUUAAGGAGAGCUUUCUUUACUUCUCGUUUUUUCUCUUCAGCUGUAAAAAGCAUGGAACAGCACGAAGUGGUACCAGAUGUUAUUGAUGUCGCUCCAAAACAACUUGUUGAGGUCAAGUAUCCGAGUGGUGUUACUGUUAAUUUGGGCAAUGUUUUAACUCCUACCCAAGUUAAAGACCAACCUAAUGUCUCGUGGGAAGCAGAUAAUAAUUCUUUUUACACGCUCUGCAUGACAGACCCAGAUGCACCAAGUCGUCAGCAGCCGAAAUUUCGAGAGUGGCAUCACUGGCUAGUAAGCAACAUUCCAGGCAAUGAUGUGUCGAAAGGAGAAGUUUUGUCUGAAUAUGUAGGAUCUGGUCCACCACCAAAUACAGGAUUGCAUCGAUAUGUUUUUUUGGUUUAUAAACAAAGUACAAAGCUCAAUUUUGAUGAAAAACGAUUAACUAACAGAUCGGGGGAUAACCGCGGCUGCUUUUCUAUUAAGAAGUUUGCUGAGAAAUACAAGUUGGGUCUGCCUGUUGCUGGAAACCUUUAUCAAGCAGAAUAUGAUGAUUAUGUCCCCAUUUUAUAUAAACAGUUGGGAGAAUAAUUAACCAAAAUGAUUCAUUUAUAUUAUCCUCUAAAGUGUAGCAGUUCCGUUUAUUAUAUAUCUACAAUAAAACAUUUUUAAUGCUGAUGCCACUUUACUGUCAAAUGGGUAAAGAACUAACGUUACAUUAUUUA